CGGGUCUCCCUGUUUGUGAUCUUAAGGUCAAAAGAUUUGUGUUCGACCGAGAGAGGCAAAACUCUGCCCACCCAUCACUUCUUUUGGAAUCUACAAAGCUGCAAGUUUCACAACCAUUCAGAAUCUUUGUUUCCAAAGCAUCCUAAUUAAACGGUCCGUAGCACCAAACCACCUUGACACGUAACAGGAAUCACUCCAACAUGAGCAAGAUGGCUUCCCUUGUCACUGAUGAGAACUUGGGAAAGCCUGAGGGCAAUCCGAAGAAUGCCAUUCAAGAAAACAGGCAGACCAGAACCAGCUCUGGAGCCGAGAAUUCUACUAUCUACAUCAUCUGACAUACCCGCUCCAUCAAUGUUGAUUACCUAGAAUGGCACGACUUUGACCCUGGCCUCGACUCCUGGGGUAUUCGUGAUGCCUUGCGCCUAUAAGGUACCCUCUGGGCCUGACCUCAUUCUGAUCUCGCCUAUGGGUAGAAACAUCUCGACUGCCAUACAUACUUUCCCUGAUAUGGUCAGCAGAAUUCACAACGGACUCACUGAAGUUCAGAUUUGGCCUGACUUGCGAAAUGCAUGUGACCGACCAUCCACCUUUUGUCUUUCAAGACCAUACCUCCGAGACACCUUUCUCUUUUUUUCGACAGCUCCCGCUGUCACAACACCUAGAGCUACCCUCUCUGCACGCGCAGGGGAGGCCACCGCCCAAGCUGAGCGAGUUCGUGCUCUGGUCAAGCAGCUCACAACUCAGUUUCGUGGAAUUUGCAUCUUUUCACAUAGGAAAUUUAUCUCAUACCUUCACGAAUCCCUGGACCCCUUCGGCGUUGGUGAGAUCCGAAUAUACCGUUUCGCAAGAGGGGAUGAGAAUGUUCAGCGUUAUGGCUUCAACGCUCUAAUGAGACGGCCUCAAGAUUUUGGCCCCACUGUCAUUAAGGAAUUAUGGGCGGUUUGAUUACAUCAAGGGAGACUCGAGCACGAGGGACACACAUACAGG